UCAAAUCCCACUCAAAACUCUUCCACUAAUCCCUCUCGCCGGUUGAAGAAAUGGCGGCUUUGCAACAAACUCCGAUCACAUUCCAGGCGCGCUCACCGCCGUCGACUCAAAUCAUCGUCUCGCCGACGGCGAAACUCUCCUUCUCCGGAGGCCUUAGGCUUCCGAAGUUCACCGUCAAGGCCCCCUCCAAAAAACUCUCCCGCGGCGGCCGCGGCGGCGGAGUACUCGGUGCCAAAAUGGUUGACUCGCCCGCAGAAAGCUACGCCGUCGCGCUCUGCGACGUCGCCAAGUCGAACGGAACUCUGGAGAAAACCGCGGCCGACUUGGAGAAGAUCGAGAAUGUGUUCACAGAGGAAUCGGUGUUCGAUUUCUUCGCUAACCCUAUCAUGAGCGAUGAGAAGAAGCGGGAGGUCGUUGCCGAGAUCGCCAAGUCGUCUGAGCUCCAGCCGCACGUGGUCAACUUCCUCAACAUCCUCGUGGACAUGGACCGCAUGGAGCUGAUCAAGGAAAUCGUGCAGGAGUUCGAGCUAGUGUACAACAAACUCACGGACACGGAGCUCGCCGUCGUCACUUCGGUGGUGAAGCUGGAGUCGCAGCAUCUGGCUCAGAUCGCCAAAGGCGUUCAGCGCCUAACCGGAGCGAAGAAUGUUCGAAUCAAGACGGUGCUCGAUCCAUCUCUCGUGGCCGGAUUCACGAUCCGGUAUGGCGAUUCCGGCUCCAAAAUGAUCGAUAUGAGUGUAAAGAAGCAGCUCGAUGAUAUUGCUGCACAGCUUGAUAUCGGAGACCUUCAGUUGGCCGUAUAAUGAACUUUUCCUUCUCCGAAUUUCAUUUUCAAAUUAAAUUUUUGCGUGAUAUUUGCUAACUCCAAAUUAUGAAUAUUGUAUUGUAUGGAAAUUCGCCAUCAUUUGGAUAUAUAAUACAUAUCUUCUAUUCACAAAUCA